CCUAGAAAGCAUCGUCUAGUUCUUUUGUAUGACAAGCCUCGCUACUACCAUAUCAUUAUGCAAUUGAAAGAGCUCAGAGAACUGCCCGACGACAUCGUAACAGUCCUCGAGCUUUCUGAAAUAAAUUCGCUAUUGACAGAUAAAGUCCUCUCCAAUAUCAGAUUUGAUCAUUUGAACAUUUGUAUAGAGUACAACGACGAAUUUGAGAAUAAUUUGAGAGGAUUUGCUGAGUUCAUCGAACAAAAUCCGGCCAAGAUUUCCAGUAUGGGAGACAUUGGUUAUCAUAUCCACUUUGCACCUGGAAAGAAAUGGAAAGACUACAAAGAAUAUGAGAUCAAGGAGUACAAUAGAUUCUUGGAUGUCUUGAACAAGGUAGCAGGUGACAAAGUUGUUCAUUGUUCGGUCAUUAACAAGUAUGACAUGGAUACUGUCUACAUCACUGAACGUAAUGAACUCGCAAAACUUGGACAGGAAAUUCAAGGAGAUAUUGAGUACUGGAAGCAUUUGAAAGUAUUGGAUUACGGUGAAAGCAGCAUAAGGUUCUUACCAGGGGUGCAGUUACCGGAUAGUUUACAGGUAUUGAAUAUUGGAGGAGGGUACGCCUUGGAGACAUUGACUGGUUUCAAAAUGCCUCCCAAAUUGAAAACAUUAUUGGCUGGCCAGGGGGCAGUUCAUUCCAUUGAUAAUAUUGUAUUCCCUGCUACUUUAGAAAGCUUAGGCUUGGAAGACAACAAGAUUUACUUAUUAAAUUACGUAGAAUUCCCUGCUACUUUGAAACACCUAGAUAUUUCCCAAAACAGAAUUGAAUCCUUGCGAGGUGUGAAUUUCCCAGAAGAUUUGAUUUCAUUGAAUUUGGGGUUUAAUCCCAUCGAUUCUAUCAAAGGUGUCAAGUUCCCAGAAACUUUGAGGUACUUGGAAGUAUCUAACAUUCCCAACGAGUCUAUGACCGGAGUAAAGUUCCCGGACAAUUUGGAAGUGUUGAAUCUACAAUCGUCAAUGACAACCACUAGAGGUUUGAAAUUGCCUUCGAAUGUAAAGACUUUGAUUUUGACUGGUAAUGGAGUUAACAGUAUCAACCCUUUGAAAUUGCCGAACUCUGUGGAGAUACUCUACUUGAACGACAACAACAUCAAGACUCUUAACAAGGUGCAAUUUCCAACAGCAUUAAAAGAGUUGUAUUUGGGAGAUAACAUGAUAACCACUUUGAAGAAUGUAACUUUACCCCCCACCUUGGAAAUUUUAGAUCUUCAAAAUGAUCCUGAUGCCGAAGAGCACGAAAAGUACAUUACAACUCUUAAGGAUGUGGUAUUCCCUCCGAAUUUGAAAGUGCUCAAGUUGGGAUACCACUCAAUAAAAAUCAUAGAAUCAAUAGACUUCCCUUAUAGUUUGACGUCAUUGUAUUUAUCAUACAACGACCUCAAGCUUAUUCGCGGAGUGCGGUUUGGCAAUUAUCUCAAGUUAUUGGAUUUAAGUGGGAAUCCAGAACUCACCAACAUCGAUAAUCUAGUCCUUCCUGAGUCAUUGGCAGAAUUGCGAGUUCCAGUUGAGUUGAUUCCCAACUUGCCUGCCUAUAUCAUUGACAGAGCGAACAAAAAGCAAUUGCUCAUCAAGAAAGGGUUUUCGCCUUAAUUGUCAAAUUCAUUAGCAUUUCAGUUCACAAAACUGUAGUAUUACAUUUUAGUAUAUAUCUCUUUACUUUUUAAGGUAAAUAGUUACUCAUGGGGAUAUAAAAUCUAUAACUAUUUAUAAGAGAAUCUUCGUGUUCGUAGACUCGAGACCAUACACCCUGAAACUAACUAUUGAGUUGAAAUGGUUUUGAAUGCAGAGCAUGUUUAUUCUUCGUCCUCUUCAUCAGAAGAUUCUUCCUUGUCUUCAGCUUCUUUUCUUUCUAACAAUGCCUGUAACUCAGCAUCUUCAGUAGCAGUGACAGCCUUUGGAGCCAUGGUGACCUUACAGACACCACCCUUUUCGGUGAUGGUAUUGGAUAUUUGUUCGAUGGCGGAUUCCAAUAAGGUGAUACCUUGGUUUUUGUCUAAUGCUUGAACAGAAAUAACAUAUAAUGGGGCUGCAACCAACUUGGCCUUGACUUGCAUUUGUUCGGUCGAAACGUUUUCAGCAGCUACCAAGGCUGCCUUGAUGGCAUCAAUACCUUCGUAUGAGAAACAAGAUACUUCCACGUCGGCUCUAAUCUUAAUGGCCUGAGGAGUCAAUCUUCUGGAAAUGUACAAUUUCAAUUCUUCCAACACAUCAGCAGAUGGAGCUUCAACUUCGUCAAAGAUGACAGGAUCAGUAAUAGAUAACUUGAAGGCAUCGUACGCAUGACCGUACUUUCUACUUAAUGGCCAGCCGAUAGUCUGAUAUAAAGUUUCCAAAGGCACAGUGAACUUUUCGGCACAGUGUCUCAAGAUGGAGUGCACGGCCUUGGAUUUGUUGUAUCUUUCGUCACAUUUCACAAUAUCUUCUGCUGAAACUCUUCUCUUGGACAAAUCAAUGUAACCUUUUUCUUUGUCGACUCUCAAUACAACGGCAACUUCGUUCUUUCCCACACGAAUAAGCUUCUGGAUAGAACGGAUACGUCUUCUUGACAACUCUGACAACAACACCAUCCCUUCGAUGUUAUCGUAUUCCAAUAAUUUGACGUAGGCUCCCAUUUCGGCGAUCUCCUGGACGUUGACCAUGACAACUUCGUCCACUUCGGGGUACUUAUUUUCGUAGAAUCUACAGUGCGACGAACUCAUAAUGCUGGACUUGUGGAUGUGAGUGUGCGUUCGGCCGCUGGUGAAUGAAUG